AUGUCAGACAAAUGUAGUGAAGUAAGUGAUAUUGAUUUUAAUAGUGAAUUAGAAUCAAUAGAAACUGUUUCAUCGUUGUCUUUAUCUCCAUCUCGAAAUCAAGAUUCUUCUGUAUCAAAUACUUCUAACUUUAAAUAUGCUACAUCACUGAAUAUAACUCGAAAUUUAUUUCAGAGAGAGUUAGGAUUUGGUUGCUUAAAACCAAUUAAGCAUGCAUUUUUGAAGUCUUAUCAUUUAUCAAAUAUUUUCUCUGGCCAAGUUCUCCUUACUCAUGUAUUUUUGGGAAUGACAAAAUGUGGCAGAUUUCUUAUUACCUAUACAAUGAUAACUGAUCAAGAUGAUGAUGAAUGGUAUGCUACUGUUUAUAAAUAUAGACUUCAUUGGUGGAAUUUUAAACCAGGGGGCCAGGCAAGAAAAAUUGCCGAAGUCUCUUUAUUCGGAAGCCAUAAAAUUGUCGCACCCUUACAAAUGUAUGUUUGUCAGUGGCCUCAAGACAAUGAAAAAAUUUUAGUGUAUGGAUUAAUAAAAGAAUGCAGUAGCAUUGAUGCGGUAGGUUCAUCUAACAAUCAACAUGCUUUUGUAACAGUUACUGCUUUGCCAUCAUUAAAUAAUUGCCAAGAAUGUAGGAUUGUGGCUUCAUCAUACAUGUUAGAUGGUAUUUGGGACACAUGCUUAAGAUUUAGUUGCCUCAAGCAUGGUUACACUGUUCAUACAUCAUUUGAUGUUGUUGUACCAUACCCUGAAUUUUCUCCAAAAAUUAGUUUAAAGUGUAAUAAUUAUGCCGUUUUUAAUGCAAAUAAUUUUUUGUAUGCUUUGAAAAUCACACUAGAAAAUAAUGACAAAAAAAUUAAAAAUGAACAAAUGGAAGAUAUUUCUUGUCUAGUAUCAGACUCAAGCUCAGAAGUCAAUAAAAAUUCAGAAGAAAUUAUUCCAUCGAGUUCAAUUAAUCAGAAAAAUUUUAAUUUAAAUAGUAAUAAUAAUAAUACAAGUAAUAAUAAUAAUGACAAUGCAUUAAAAUUAAAAGAACAAAUUAUCAAAGACUUUAGUGAAGAUAUUAAUUUAAAUGCUUCAUGUUUACAAAAAAAGGGUUUUGAAAAUUUAACCAAAGACCCUUUUAUUAAGGAAUUUGAAAUCAAGACUUGUGACUCAUCAUAUCAAAUUUAUAAUUUAUUCGAAUUAAAUGUUGAAGAAGAAAAAGCCGUUCACGAAUUUUUAACAUCUCCACCGCUUCCCACUAGAGUGAAUCCAUUUCGAAGUAAGUACAUAAAUUCUGAUUUGAAAGAACAGAUGCAGAGAAAUUCUCCUUCGGGAGAAUGUAAUAACAUUUUAGAAGUUAAAAAUGAACACCUAGAAGAAAAUACUAAUUGCAAAAAGAAUUUUAAAUUAAAAGAAAAGAGUGAUAAGGAAUGUUUCUUCUACCCUAAGUCUACAAAUUGUACAAAAAAAAAUCGAAGUGAACAAAUAAAUCGCAACAAUAAUGUUUACAAAACGGACGAUAAAAAUUAUUCAAACAAAUAUUAUAAGUCUUUUUUCACCCGACGAAAGGGUCAAAAAAGUAAUUUAAAUUUCGAAAUGUUUAUUAGAAGUAUGUCACUUUCUAAACCUCAUUUAAAACAACCCGUGACUGUUUGCGAUAAUGAAAUUCAUGUUGUUUUAGAAACAAGCAGACACAUAUCGAGGAAAUCAAAUGAAAUAGUCGAUAGUCCUUACGAAUUUGUGGAUGACUCUCAGUAUGAAGUUGAAAAACUCAGUCAAUUUCGUAAAAAACGUCUAGCGGAUAAAAAAUACGAAUUUCAAGAUUUUGACUCGGAAAACAUUAUUCCUUUUAGCAUAGUUAGGCAAGAAAGCACACUUAGAUCCCCGAGAAAGUAUCAGGACAAUGAAAACGAUUUAAGUGAAAAACUGAAACAUAAUGUAGAACUUAGAAUCGGUAAUGAAACCAUGAAUUCGAAUAUGAACGAAUUGAUUAUACAUAAUCCAGGUUCGAAAUAUCCAUUGGAAUUACCUACGUCUGCUUCCAGUCUUAAGUCUCCUUUAAUAUUAGAAGUACUUACAAAUUCAGGGCAACACGAAAGUGUUUUAAGGCCAUUCAAUAGAAACAUUAACGGGAGUUCUUUGCUUUCUCCCGUAACAAAAAUUUUAUUUUCUCCAACGGCUCACUCACAGAAAUCAGUGUCAAAAUCAGCGUCCAAAGACGUUUGGAAAACCAAAUAUUUUGAAGAAUUAAAAUUAAUUAUAAACACGUUAGGGACUCAUAAAAUUUCCCAAUGUUUAGACACGCGAUUAAUUUUGGAAAACGGAAUUUUAAUAAAUGACAUUUCAGAAUGGUAUUUUAAAGAAGAAAUUAAUUAUAAAGAAGUUGACAUUUAUAAAAAUCUUUUAAAAAAUUUAAACAAAUUUUAUGGUGAAGCAAUCAGAUUUAAAAGACGUUUUGUCGAGGUUGACGAUGAACUUGUAUCUGUGAUAACUGAUAUCGAAGAUGAUGACAUGAGCACACUGACUGGAUAUCACACAGCUCUAAAUGUGGAAGUUCACGGAGCUGGAUAUUCUCAACUUCAAAUGAUUUCCAAUUCUAAGGCUGAAAAAUUAUCAGCAUCCUGCGUUGUCGUUGAUCAACAGAGUUUGGAUAUUGAAGGAAUCUGUCAUUCUGUUGCCACUACUCUUUGCCAAGUUUCAGAUAAACCUUUACUUUUUGUAAUGAUUAUGAUAUAG